GCCAGCUGGGAGGAGUAGGCGAGCAGCGCGGCACGGGGGGAGGAGGAGGAGGCGGGGCCCGUAAAGCCCGCUCACCGCCGACCCGAGACAUGGACAACGAGUCGCAGUACUCGGGCUACUCAUACAAGUCGUCCCACUCCCGAAGCUCCCGCAAGCACAGGGAUCGGAGGGACCGCCACCGCUCUAAGAGCCGAGACAGCAGCAGUCGUGCAGACAAAUCAGUCACAAUCCAGACUCCCGGAGAGCCUCUGCUCGAUGCGGAGUCGACUCGCGGAGACGACAGGGAUGACAACUGGGGCGAGACCACCACCGUCGUCACCGGCACCUCAGAGCACAGCAUCUCCAACGAGGACCUGACCCGCGUCACCAAAGAUUUGGAGGAGUCGACUCCUCUGGAGUGCAAACGCUUCAUCGGGCCGGCGCUGGGAGGCUGCCUGAGCUUCUUCGCCUUAGUCACGCCUUUAGCCUUCCUCAUCCUACCGCAGGUGCUGUGGCGCGACGCCUUGGAGCCCUGCGGCACGCCCUGCGAAGGCCUCUACGUCUCCUUGGCCUUCAAGCUCUUGGUGCUGCUCAUCUCCUCCUGGGCGCUGUUCCUCCGCCCUCCUCGCGCCACGCUCCCGCGCUUCUUCGUCUUCCGCUGCCUGCUGAUGGUGCUGGUGUUCCUGUUCGUGGCGUCGUACUGGUUGUUUUACGGCGUGCGGGUGCUGGAGCCCCGGGAGAGGGACUACAGGGGGAUUGUGGAGUACGCUGCGUCGCUGGUGGACGCACUGCUCUUCAUUCAGUACCUGGCUCUGGUGCUGCUGGAGGUCCGACACCUGCAGCCAGCCUUCUGCCUCAAGGUUGUCAGGAGCACGGACGGGGCCAGCAAGUUCUACAACGUGGGUCACCUCAGUAUCCAGCGGGCAGCUGUCUGGGUGUUGGACCGUUAUUACAGCGACUUCUCCGUCUACAACCCUGCCCUCCUCAACCUGCCCAAGUCCAUUCUGUCCAAGAAGAUGACUGGCUUCAAGGUUUACUCCCUGGACGAAAACCCAGCCAAUAACUCAACAGGCCAGUCCCGGGCCAUGAUAGCAGCCGCUGCCAGGAGGAGAGACAACUCCCACAACGAGUAUUACUACGAGGAGGCCGAGAUGGACCGCAGGGUCCGCAAACGCAAGGCCAGGUUGGUGGUGGCGGUAGAAGAGGCCUUCACACACAUCAAGCGUCUCCACGAGGACGAGAUCGCAUCAUCCCCCAAACACCCGCGGGAGGUGAUGGAUCCUCGGGAGGCGGCUCAAGCCAUCUUCGCCCCGAUGGCGAGGGCCAUGCAGAAAUAUCUGAGAACGACCCGGCAGCAGGCCUUCCACAGCAUGGAGAGCAUCCUCACACACCUGCAGUUCUGCAUCACGCACAACAUGACGCCCAAGGCUUUCCUGGAGCGUUACCUCACCCCCGGCCCCACCAUGCAGUACCAGCAGCAGAAUGGCAGGGGGCGCCAGUGGACUCUGGUGAGCGAGGAGCCUGUGACUUCAGCCCUGCGACAGGGUCUGGUAUUCUCCCUGAGGCGCCUGGACUUCUCCCUGGUCGUCACGGUGACACCGCUCCCCUUCCUGCGGCUCGGAGAGGAGUUCAUCGAUCCAAAGAGCCACAAGUUCGUCAUGAGGCUGCAGUCGGAGACCUCGGUGUGAAGGCGUCCCCUGAGGUGUCUCCUUUCACACACACCCCCCCCCCCGGCUGUCCUCUCUUUUCGUGCUCGCUCCUGCUGGAUCACUGAUGUGGCGGGACAUGUGGAGGCCAUGUGAUCCACUCAUAUCCAAUCAUUUCCCCUGACUGUGACAAAGAAACCCAUUCAAGGAGAGUCUGAAUCCUCCCCCUGUUUUACGAUCAUCACAGAUGCUCUGAUAUCAAACUGUGAUCAGCUCAAUGAUUGUCCAACAAACGGAUGCCUUGACUUUUUAUUUUCUGUGUUGUUAAGUCUUUAUCUUACAACAUGCUGUAAAAAAACAAAAAAAACCAACCUUUUUUCUAAAGGGGACUUUUUGUCUUUUUGCCUCCUCUUUUGCUGUAACCACUGGACUACUUUACUGCGCUGACUCAACACAUAAACUCCAGAGGAGGGGGAUUACAUCACAUUUUUCACUUCCUCUUCAUGUGUCUUAAAAACAGCUCUGACUGCAACGCUAGUGUACCACUGCCUUCUGGUUCCCUGUCAGUGUAUUAUUUUACUUGAGAUGGCGAGGACUGUUUUUAUAUUAGAGGGUGUGACUUUUUUUUUUUUUUUUUACUUACAGAAUGUAGCAUUAUGUGCAUUGAAUUAACACGUUGCUUUUCUGCGGCCUGAAGGCCAAAAUGUAUUUUUAUCUGACUGUAAAGAAAAAUGGAAGUACAUUCCUGAGUUGUGGCUACUUCAGACUUACACACAUUCACGAUUGUCUAAAUAUGCAGCUUUUGUUUUAUUCUACACUGGCAUUUUUACAAUGAAUAUUGCAGUUUUAACUGGAAGACACAAUUUACACUUGGUAUUUACAUAUGAUCUGGAUCUGAAUAUCUUGUCUGUAUAAGGAUGAUAAAGAAUAAGGCUGGUGAUGUUUUUUUGUUUUUUGUUCUUAUUGCCAACAAAUCCCAUAAAAAGACCAAAACCAACAAUCUGUAAUUCCGUCUCUCAGUACUUUUCCGAUUUCCUUCCCUUUCUGUUGCUCACAGGAUAUGAAUCUUAAAAAACAGGUCACAAAGGUAUAAUUUAAUUUCUGUAGAAGGCUGAAUAAUUUCCUGUGGUCAAACAGGAGGAAAUUAACACAAUGUCUGGGAACUAUUUUCAGCUGCUUUAUGUGGGAUUGACUAAAAAUAAACCAGAGUUCGUGUAGUGGUAAUGAAGGAACAUGUCACCUAUUGUAACUCUGUGGCUCAUUCAUGUGUUUUUAAUAGUUUUAGGUCAACAAUGCACCUCUAUGGCACAGAGGUAUACGGUAUAUCAGAUGCACAGAUAACACAUUAUUGUUUGUAGGAUCAAUUUACUGUUGGUUUUGGUCUUUUCAUGACAUUUGUUAACAGUAAGGAAAAUAUAGAAUACUACCAGAAUAAUCCUUUUAAGGUAAGGUGUAAAUUGCACGCAGAAUGCAUUGAAAUUUCUUCAGUUUAUCUGAAAAUGUACAAAUCAUUGUUUUCAUCGGACCACAAAGAUACUGAAAUCCAAUCACAGUGUAGAAUUCAGAAAACAAGAAUGCUUAUUAAUACAUUACAAAUUAAUCCAGACACAUAUUUUAUGUUAAUAGCAGGUGUAAAUGAGGUCAAAGUCUAUUUCAAGUUUUGUUUUGUUUUUUUGUUUUUUUUUAACUAUGUACUUAUAAGGAAAUCAGUCCUGACUAGGCAGCUGUGGUUUAACUAUGAGCUGCUCGUCAACGCAUUUCUCCAAAAAAAAAAAACCCAAAACCAGACGUGUGAUUGUAACUCCUCACUGCAGCUCCUCUGCAGCAGUAGCGUAUCACCGCCUUGUGCCACGAGCUGAAACAAGCACAGUGAAACAUGCUGCCUCCAUCCGACAGCCUUACUCUCCAGAUGUGGAGGAUAAGCAGCGUCGGGAGGGGGGUUGGGAGGGCACACACCUGUCCCCCCCCCCCCCCCUCCUCCUCCCCCUGACGCUGUCCUUCUCCCGAAAACUUACUGUAAAUGCUGAAACUCGCCUGAUGUUGAAGACUUGAGCCGCUCCGUUUGUACAACACGACUGACUGUUUGCUUUUAUUUCCUGGUGAAAAUGUGGUUUUAAAAAAGCCCUUUACAUUUCUGAACAUUUAUCUCGACAGGUUACACGUGUAUGACAUUUCAUCUGAGUGAUCAAAAUGCAGAUGUGUUUUUUUUAAAAAAAAAUGCAUGCUAGAGUUAUUUUGGGCUCCAAAACUUUUUUAUAACAACUUGUUUUCUAUCAUUUUUAAGGUGCCUAAGUUAUGAUGAUGCAAAUUUUUUGAAUGUUUUCACUUUUGAAAAACAAGUGGCUUGUAAAAAAAAAAAUUUGUAGAUUUGUCUUGUAUUUUCUUCCUUUUUGGUAACUGUAGCUUGUAUAGUGUGUUAGGCAUUUUUCAUUAUUAAACCAUUUAUUCCGUUGAA